UCGAAGAAAAUGUUAAAGAAUCGUUGCUUCUUUGAGGUAUAGUGAAGACAGUGAUACACUUGUACGUUUUUUACAAUCAACUGAUAAAAAAAAUUGAAAACGAAAAUCUAAAUGAAAAGAAUGGAACAAUCAUCGACCUCAGUUACUACAUCGUCGGACAAUGGUACCGUCAAUAAAUCACGAACAAUAUCAGCACCACCAUCGGGAGAAUUGGCUGCAGCGGCAGCUGUUGCAUUAUCAUUACAUGGUGCAGUAAUAUCUAGCCUACAGCAAGCAGCUAUGUUGCCUGCAAAUUCUGCCGCAGCAGCUGCUCUUAAUCUCCAAGCACUUGAAUCAUAUUUAGCUUUUCAAAGGCUUACAAGCAAAGCAGAUGCAUUACGAUAUACAUCUUGUAGUCCAGUGCAACAUGCUUACAACAAUCAAUCACAAACCGGACAGCAACAGGCUAUUUUCCUCGAUCAAAUACUAACCAAUGAUGAACACACCAACGAUUUGAAAGACGUUGAUGAUUUAGCCUUACUUGACAAUGAAGAUAACAUUUCCUUUGAAUCGCCUGUCGAUUCGCCGACUGAUCUGACCCCAUCGUCAUCAUCAUUGUCACUGGACAAUGCACUACCCAGUUUGCUACUGAACACCGCCUAUCAUCAUCAUCAAAUGAACGAGGCCAUUCUUCAGCAUUCGCUCAAUUCAUCCAGUCCAACGGACAAAAAUGUUUCGACUCAGAAAAAAGCGUCGACAACGACGACAUCAUCAUCCGUUUCAGCAGUCACAACGACAACAGGCACCCAACGCCCCAAAAAGCAAUUUAUAUGCAAAUUUUGCAAUAGACAAUUUACAAAAUCGUAUAAUUUAUUGAUUCACGAACGCACCCAUACCGACGAACGACCAUAUUCAUGUGAUAUUUGCGGAAAAGCAUUCAGACGACAAGAUCAUCUGAGAGAUCAUAGAUACAUCCACUCAAAAGAGAAACCGUUCAAAUGCCUGGAAUGUGGCAAAGGUUUUUGCCAGUCACGAACGUUAGCUGUCCAUAAAAUACUGCACAUGGAGGAAUCGCCGCACAAAUGUCCAGUGUGCAAUCGAAGUUUCAAUCAGCGAUCUAACUUGAAAACCCACCUAUUAACACAUACCGACAUCAAACCGUACCAUUGUAUGGCCUGUGGCAAGGUAUUCAGAAGAAAUUGUGAUUUGCGAAGGCACAGUUUAACACAUAAUUUGGCGGGAAUUGCCACAAUCACAGAUCAUUCGAGAACUAGUGGAGCAACAUCAUCAUCAUCAUCUCCCAUGGGAACGAUUAACAGCACCACUAAUUUUGACGUAGUUGCUACACAGUAAUUCUGGUAGAUUGAUUAUUUCGGAAGAGACAAUAAACAUUUGAGAAAAACCGAAAGUUCUACUCUCACAUUGAAUCGGAGUAGAUUUUUCUAAUUUUUUUUUUUAUUUUGUUCAUAAUUUUAUUAGAAUUGCGAUUUGUGAUUAUUAAUUUUUUAAAUUAAAAAGUCUCUUAGAUGUUAAGAUAUAAUUCGAAUAUUAUUUUCAUAUGUACAAAAUGCAAUAAUAAAUUUUUUGAUACUUUCUAUUUA